CAACAUGACGUUGGCAAGUUCGACCACGUCAGCGUCUGCUUUUGCCCCUUGGAACAAUCCUAGUUUAGGGAAUCCCAGUGGAAGUCCCUUUCGACCGCCUCAAAAUCCUCUAUAUGGCAUGCCUACAUCUUUGAUGGUAGGGUUGCAAAAUUCUCAACCAAACAUAGAGAAUCUUAAUAUGGCCUCUCCAUCAGGAUCUGUAGCGGGCAAUCAAGGUAGGGUAAUUCCGCAACAUUUAACUAAUACAUCCGUUUUGUCACUCAGACAACAAAUGGAUGAAAGUAACCAUGAUAUGGUUAACAUGUUAACACAACAAAUAGGAACUGUUAUUAACCCUUUAAUUCAAAAUACAAAUGACAGUUACCAAACGUUAACAAAUCAAAUAAGUCGAAUUGCUGACUUUUUUGGGGCACCACCCAUACAGCAACCACCGAUUCGACAGAUCCAAAUACAGGCGCCUGUCCAAGAGAUACAGAUGCCUAAUAACCCCGGGAUGCAAAUGGCUCAAGCACCACAACCAGCGGCACGCAUAGAGCCACCAGUCCAACAGGUCGAACCAAACCCUGGUAUAGUAUUGGUAAAUAGGAACCAAAAUGCUGAUGAAGUAAUAGGGAAUAUUCAACAAAACCGUUUCGAUAUGCAGAAUAACCUAGCCCAAAUGGUCGAAACGAUUUUGGUGCAGAAUGGUUUGAACUUAGGCUUACAUAGGCCUAAUUUUGUGUCUCCAUUAUCUGAGUAUGUGUUACAGACAGAAUUACCAAGGGGUGUGAAAAUCCCUAAGUUUACCAAGUUUGCGGGAGAGACAAAUGAGUCCACUGUCGAACACGUUGCUAGAUAUUUGGUCGAAGCAGGGGAUUUGGCUAAUAAUGAAAAUUUAAGAAUGAAAUUUUUCCCUAGUUCCUUGACUAAAAAUGCUUUUACAUGGUUUACAACCCUUCCUCCUCAUUCCAUACAUAAUUGGAACCAAUUGGAAAGGAUUUUCCAUGAGCAAUUUUAUAUGGGACAGUCUAAGAUCAGCCUUAAAGAGUUAGCCAGCGUUCGACGCAAGGCACUUGAAUCAAUUGAUGAUUAUUUGAACAGAUUCAGACUCUUAAAGGCAAGGUGUUUCACCCAAGUCCCUGAACAUGAAUUAGUCGAAAUGGCUGCUGGUGGCCUAGACUAUUCGAUUAGAAAGAAAUUAGAUACCCAGUUUUUAAGGGAUAUGGCUCAAUUGGCUGAUAGAGUUCGACAACUCGAACGGUUGAAGGCCGAAAAGGCUAGAAAUUCUAAAUUCCACAAGAAGGAAAAGGUUGCAUAUGUCGAAACCAAUGACAGUGACCAGGAGUUCGAUAUUAUUUAUGAAGAUAUCGAAGACAGUGAGGUUGAUUUAGCAGAAUUAAAACCUGGACCUCCUUAUGUUUGUAAACUCCUUAGACCUUCCAAUGGAAAAAACCCUGUUGAACCUAAAAAUGAUAAAUUUGUGGAUUUGGUUCAAAAGGCUCUUGACGAAGGAAGGCUAAAAUUUGGUGAGAAACCAAAGGUUGUUCAGGCAAAUGCUGAAACAUCCAAAGCUGCCGAAACUCUCUAUGCGGAGCCCCAAGAAAUAAUGAUGGUCGAAACAAUGGAGGUGUCCCAUGUGCAAGUUCAGGAUGUAUCUGAAGAGGAUUACAACGAACAGAUGAAGGUUGUUUAUCCUCAAGCUGAGGAGGAGUUAAUUGAUUUCUUGAACAGAUGCAAACUCGAAAACAAGAUUGUGAUGCUCUGCCCUCGCUGCAGUGCAGUAUGUGAUAAGGAGGCUACUGAGGGCCUCAAGAAAUACCAAGUUGUUAACAAGGGGGCAAGGCAGAACCAACGUUUCGAUAAAGGCAAAAGAGUUAUGGUGCAGUCGAAUACUAAUCAGAAGUCAGGUCGAAGGAAUACUUUCGCUCCUCCUGGUUCAGUGCCGGUCGAAAAAUGGAUGCACCAGGGACUCAUAAGGUUCAACAAAGGGAUUAUGGAAGUAGGUGGUUCGAGUGGAACGAAGCAAAUUGGCCCACAGGAGGCCAAUAGGUACUCGUAUAGGAACAAUUACAAAGGAAAGAAUCCUAUGACGAGGACCCAAUGGCGUAGGUUCCAGCGUCAGAAGAAAUUGGCCCAGCAGAACCCGCAAAUGGGCCAAUAUAAAGAAGUAUCUAGGAGGCCAGUAAAGGAGAGACUCCUGCCUCCGGUGGAUGAAGAUAAGAUGGAGGAUGAGGAUCUACUGGAUUCUGAGCCAGAUUUCGAUGUCAUCUGUGUGGUAUCUAUCUUGCCAUCUGAAUAUGAUGUCCAAUCUGAAGUUACUGAGAUCGAAAGUGAGUUCGAUCAUUUUGAUAUGGCUGACCCAAAGCCAGUAUGUUACUAUGUUAUGAAUAAUGGCUGUGUGGAAGAGCAAGUAGCUUAUUUCGAAAAGCCAGAUUUUCAGAUGAAAAGUCAUCUCAAACCUCUUUUCAUCAGAGCAAAAGUUGAGAAUGUUGGAAUCAACAAAGUGCUCAUUGAUGGAGGAGCGGCUGUCAACUUAAUGCCUCGAUCUAUGCUCUACAAGAUCGGGAAACAUGACACUGAUCUAUCUGCCCACAACAUUGUGCUUUCGAAUUAUGAGGGUAAAACUGGCUAUUCUUUGGGAGCCAUUCAAGUAGAUGUUGCUGUAGGCAGUAUAGUUCGACCAACUCUUUUCCUGGUGAUACAGUCUAAGGCUAAUUUUAACUUGCUAUUAGGAAGGGAGUGGAUUCAUGGAGUUGGAGCUGUGCCAUCUACCCUUCACCAGAAGCUCAUUAUCUGGAGGGAAGAUGGGAUUGUGGAAAAUAUAGAGGCGGAUCAAAGCUUCUAUAAGUCAGAGGUCGAUAAUGUUACUGCACAAACCUUUGACAAAAAGUUGGCUAACAUAGCGCCUUGUGGUGACAAGGAGGCUGUUGUCGAAUCGAGUGACAAUGUUGUCCACUCUGUCAAACUCCAUCCUACUUAUGGGUUUAUAUGGGAGAGGGAGGAAAUUAAUGAUGUUCCCUCUGAAGAUGGAGUCAUUCCACCAACUGGGUGGAAUAUAUAUGAAGAUUAA